GUCACCUCACCGAUGAAUAAAAUGCAAGAAAUGGCAAAGGCUAACCAAAAUGGAUCCAAAAUAUCUAAGGAGUUCGCGGCGGAAAUGGAGAAGGAAGUCGCCAUUGAAAUCCUCGCCAAGGAUGAUGUUGCCGAGGGAGGCUCUACUGGAGGGGGAAGCUCUGCUGCAGAGGGAAUCUCAGCUGGAGAGGGAAGCUCUGCUGGAGAGGGAAGCUCUGCUGGAGAGGAAGGCUCUGCUGGAGAGGGAGGCAAGGACUGCCAAAAGGGAGAAAUGAAGAAGCAAAAAUUUCCUAAGGGAGACAAAGUAGCCAAGGACGAAGCUGACAACGUGAGCUCGACAGGAGGAGAAGAAGCACCUUCUGCCUCAACUGACAAGGAGUCCAAAAGCAAGGCUAUAAUUGACAUCGAGGAUCACUAUAGGGAAGAGACAACGAAGAACCAAAAGUUUUCGAAGGAGGGCAAAAUAAAACAGGAAGUCGCCGCAAGCAUCUUCGCUAAGGAUCAAGGAGAAGAAAUAGGCUCGGCAGAAGAGGAGAAAGCACUUUCUGGCGCAAAUGCUGAGGAGCCCGCUAGCAAGUCCAUCAUCGAUGAUCUUAAUAUUCGGAAGUUUUCUUCAAAAGAAGACUCAAAAGGAGUAGAAGAAGCCCAGCCUGUCUCCAGUUCCCAAAAGGGGUCCGACAGCAAGCCUAAAGUCGUCGGCAAGAGAUUUAAGUUUGUUUCCAAAGAAGAAGCUGCUGUAGGAGAGGUAGCACCUCCUGGCCUCAAAAUCGAAGGUGAGGAUCGACAGAGGGGAGCCAUGAAGAAGAAGCAAAAAUUACCAAAGGCAGGCAAUGUAACUAAGGAGUUCGAAACGCACAUGAAGAAAGAGGUCACCGCUUAUAUGAACGCCAAGAAUGAAGCUGCCAAAGAAGGUUCUUCUGGAGGAGAGAAGGCACCUUCUGGCUUAAGCGCCAAGGAGUCCGGCAGCAAGCUCAAAAUCGACGACAAGGAUCGCAAGAAUUCAAAGAAGCUUAUCCGGAUAUUGCCGGCCAAAAAAACGCAAGAUGAGCAAUCCACCGCUGAAAGUACGAGCGAUGAUGAGUCUUCCGACGAAUCUCCCGACCUUAAGGGCAAGCGGGACGAUCUGAAUUCGUUAGAAAACUUUCGUGCCUGCGAGAAUCACAAGCACUGUCGCGGGGAGAAGAAGGCACGCCGCGUCCUCAUGAAACUGGACCUCCGGCGCGUGGAGGACGUGGCCCGCUUGACCAUCAAGCGGAGCAAGAACCUUAUGCUGUACAUCGAUAACCCCGAGGUGUACCAGGUGCAGCACACGAAGACGAUGAUCUGCUUCGGCCAGCUCCGCAUGGAGGAAGUCAAUAGCUUGGCCACCAAGGCGGCGGAGGCCACCACUCGCUUCCGAGUGCCGCCAACUGGAGCUGGCAAGGGCAACAAGGACAAGGUUGAGGAAGCCGGUGCUGUGUCUUCUCUGGCCGACGAAGACGACAAUGGGGAAGUGGACGAGGCGGCCGCCAAGAAGGUGAAAGAGAGGGACAUCGACUUGGUCCAGAUGCAGGCCGGAUGCUCGCGCGACAAGGCCAUCAAGGCUUUGCUGAAGACCGACAACGAUGUGGUCAACGCCAUCAUGGAGCUAACCAUCGCUUGAGACGCCAAUUGAAACAUGAUAAACAAAUUUCUAAAACACUAAAGUAACAAGUAACAAGCAAAAACUUUAACAAAUAAGGAGUUUCUUCAAGAAGGAAUCCCUUUCAGAGUCAUGAUUUUUCUUUUUAUUUCUACAAAUUAGGAUUGUAACGAU